GAGAGGUCACCAGUCUAAAUUCCUCAAAACAAUCAUGGCUGCCCCCAUGGAAGCGUGGGACCGUCAGUUUCACCCAGGAGCAGCUCCAUUUGGAAAUUUUAUCAAUUACUAUUCCUUUAAUCCACCCGAAAAACGAAUAAGAUUCCUCCCCGAGGACCUUUUAAAUAUCAUAAGUUAUUCAGGGAGAAAGAAAAAUGCGACGGUGUUGGAUAUUGGGUGCAACUCUGGGGAUCUGACUGUGGCAUUAUACAUGCAUCUAAAAAAACAGCAUCUUGAUAAAAAGGAGCAGGGGAGCAGCAAGAUGUGCUUAGCUUCUGCUGAUGAAAAUGAUCAAGAUAUUUCAAGCAAUCCUGCAGCUAUUGAACCGGACAACACUGUUGCGAUCAAAGUCCUGGGAUGCGACAUUGAUGACACACUCAUCACUCGUGCAAACGAGUCAAACUUGCACCCAGAGAGCAUCAGCUUCCACAGGAUGGACUUCAUGUGUGAUGCCUCAAGAAGUUCCAACCUAACAGAAUUCCUGUCUCGACAUUCUGAAACGAGUGGCAGAUUUGACUUGGUGUGCUGUUUCUCACUCACCAUGUGGAUACACUUACAGCAUGGCGAUGCAGGUUUGCACAAGUUCCUCAAGGAGGCUUCUCUCUUGUCCAGAUUCCUCCUUGUGGAGCCCCAACCCUGGAAGUGUUACAAGUCUGCCGUGCGGAGAGUAAGGAAAGUUGGCAUCGAGAACUCUUGGCACUUCAAGGAGCUGAACAUAAGGGACAAGGUUGAGGAGGACAUCAUAAACUACCUGACCUCCACCUGUCAGAUGGAAUUAGUCAGGACGCUUGGGGAGACCCACUGGGAGAGAAAACUGUUUCUAUUCAGGAAUGCAACAGGUGUCAGUGACACACAAUCCUAGCACCAUACUGCAUUGCAUUAUCCUAAAACAUUGGAUUCCCAAGAUUGAAGGCCCAUUGAGUGUUAGGAGUGACAAAAUAAGGCAUUGUCUUCAGAGACUCACAAUUUUCGUUUAUCAAUUGUGAGAUUAAGCUUGUAUGAGUUGAUUAUGGUAAUGGUCUUUGUCAGUUUGCGAAAUGAUCACUAACAUGUGAUGGGUAAAAGUAUGCAGCCGGUUCUUCAAAAUCUAUUUCAAGUUAAUAUGGACAAUUCUUUGAACAUAUUGAAGGAAACCCAUCUUUGAGGAGUGGAUCUAAUGCUGCAUGAUCUGACACUUCAAAUGCAGUUGCACAAAUGAGAAUCUCCAUGUGCCAAAAUUAAAAGUUGUGGGUUCAAUGAGAAAGAACGAGACUAUCAGUUUUCAGCUGUUGUAACAUAAGCAUAAAUUUGCAUUCUGAUUAACACAGUAUGGAAAUUUUCUCACGCC